AUGCGCGCUCGUGUUGACAAGCUUUUAGCGGCCUUAAUGCUGACUCGAAAUCUGGCUCCAGGCGUAAAAGAUUUUGAUCUAGGUUCGCUUCGCGCCGGAGGAGCAACCUGGAUGAUGCAGGUGACGGAGUCGCCUGACGUGGUCAGAAGGCGUGGCCGCCGGGUCUCCAACCGGGUCAUGAAGAUCUAUGUGCAGGAGGUCAGUGCCCUGAUGUAUCUGCCAAGGUGGAUUAGUGAUGAUCCGAAGCGUGCACUGCUGCUCAAGCUUCUCCCGCCCUCCUGGCCCGACCCUUCGAAGCAGAUGCAAAAGUAUCCCGAAAUGCCGGGAUCCACCGUGCUUUCUGCUGACGGUCUCGCCUGGAGGUUGCUUCCCAUGCUGAUGCUCGAUUGUCCUGCAUGCCAAGCUGGUGGAGACUGUCGAUUCCUUUGUCGAGUGGGUGGAGCACAGCCGGUACUCCAGCUGGUCACCGACGUCUGUCUGCAGCUCAGAGAAGUACAGCAAGACAUAGAAACCUUCACGUUAAGUCAGAAUGAGAAUGGGAAUGGCUAUCGGGUCUGCACCGAAGAGGUGAUGAUUCGGAAUGAGUACCUGGGCUACGAGGAGCUGAACUUCC